AGAAAAUUUAGAUAAAUACAACUAAGAGGUAGUUACUAUAGUUUCAUAGAUGUAUUCAGAACAAUUUGUUACUUUACUGAUCGAAAUUUUGUAACUUCCAAGAUCAUCAUUCACUUUUGUCUUAGAUAUCAUAGAUACAACAUUUGUAGAAGAAUAGAUGAGUGAGCGAUAUUUCAAAAGAAUAACUUACUUCAUGAACUAACCUUCUAUAAUCUUCUUUAAAUUAAAGGGUAACAAAAGAUCCACUAGCUCUUUAGUUAUUAAUUUAACUUUGCAAAUCCACACAAUAAUCUUUGCUUUAGGUAUAUCCAUAAGUUAAAUGUCUCAAUAUUUAAGAAUUUACUGCUCUAUUUAUCACUUAAAUCUUUUUCUUUACUUAAUAUGAUGUGGCUGGUA